AUGAACCCUUCAAAACCUGAUGAGGCGAGAGUCCUCGUAAUCUACACUGGGGGAACAAUUGGGAUGCUUAUCAGUCCCAACGGUUAUGUUCCCGAACCAUUCUUUUUGACAGAGACACUGCGCAGGCAGAAACGCUUCCAUGAUCCAUUGGAGGAUUCAUUGUUCUCAAAUGCAACAUCCGUGGAAGGAUACAGGGUGUGGUCGAGCAGUGGGCCACCCACUCCUGUCACUCCCGAUUCGCCGGUCUUGCCAAAUACCUUGGUAACCCAGCAUCCAACAUUUGUCGUCCGCUCGUCCCGUCCGAUUGGAAAGGGACAAACCCUGUUUGCUGGACCGGAUCCUCCAUCCACGCAUACGCUGGGUUGCGAGAAGAUAUCCGACGGAGUGUACCAGGCGCGCCUUCCCAGCUUGGUUACUCCUCGGAGUGCUGUUUCCGGCAAGGAUGGCAGCAAGCGCAUCCGCUAUGCUAUUCUCGAGUGGGAUCCGCUACUAGACAGUAGUAGUAUCGAGAUGAAUGACUGGAUACGCAUAGCCACCGAAAUCGAGCUCAAUUACACUGCGUUCGAUGCAUUUGUUAUCCUUCACGGUACAGACACGAUGUCCUAUACUUCCAGUGCCCUCAGUUUUCUUUUGGAAGAUUUAGGGAAGACAGUGAUCUUUACCGGAGCUCAGAUACCACUCUCACAGCUGCGGAAUGACGCCGUAGACAACCUUCUAGGUGCACUCUCCAUUGCCGGGAACUACAUAAUUCCAGAAUGCAGCCUGUAUUUCAACCACACCCUGUAUCGCGGGAAUAGGGUUUCGAAAGCAUCUUCCUUCGAUCUAAAUGCCUUCCAUAGCCCAAACUUUCCGCCCUUGGUAAAUGUGGGAAUCGACAUCCUUGUAAACUGGAAUAAUGUCCUGAGACAGACGAGAUUACGUCGUUUUCGGGCCCAUAAAGAGAUGAGUCCUCACGUCGCAACCCUCCGGUUGUUCCCUGGGAUGUCUGGCGCUACCGCUCGUGCCUUCCUCUCUCCUCCAGCACAGGGUGUCGUCCUCGAAACCUUUGGCGCCGGUAACGUACCUCAACGAACGGAUAUAUUGCAGGUCCUCCAAGAAGCUUGUGAUGCUGGAGUUGUCGUCGUCGCUAUAUCCCAGUGCUAUAGGGGAUCUGUAUCCUCAGCUUACGAGCCAGGUAGAGCACUGCUGAGAGUGGGUGUUGUCCCGGGUGGGGAUAUGACGCCAGAGUGCGCUCUUACGAAGCUUAGCUACCUCCUCUCGAAGCCUGAGCUCUCAGCGUCCCAAGUUAGGGAAUUGAUCAGCACACCACUGCGGGGGGAGCUUACGCGACAAACACUAUCUGUCCCCAGUAACCCUGCUGAGCUGCACAAUCUAUACAGCAUCCAAGGCCUACUAGUUCAUCUCGUUCGGUUGAUGUCAUCCAAUAGCCGAAUGCCUCUAAUAACCCUUACUCCUGAUAUCGAGGGGGUAGCACAGGAUGCCACUGCGUCGUGGUCCAAGACUGCUGCCGAAACUGCCUUCACGGAGGCAGCGUUGCUUCGCUCAUUGGUGCACCUUGCCGCAGCUCGCAACGAUUUGGAAAGCCUGGAGUUGUGUUUGGAUGCCUCGGCGAAUUGGGAGAUGGAAGACAAAAUGCCAAUAGUCAUUCCCGGCGGUACUAUCAAUUGCCUCGAGCCAGGUUCCAAUCGCUCCCCGUUGCACGUAGCUGCUCUCAAUGGCAGUACUGCGUCUGUCGGCUGCUUGCUUAAGGCGGGUGCACUGGUACACCUUAGGGAUAAUCUGGGGCAUACAGCUCUGUACUACGCUGCACGUCAAGGGUAUGCUGAUAUUGUGGACCUCCUCGUCAGCGCAGGAGCUAACCUUGGAGGCCUCGAAUGCGAUGCUGGAUAUGCUUCUCUCGCCCUCAAAAAUGCGUUAGAUUCAGGAGACCAUAAAUCUGUCAGCAUCUGGAGAAAUGCUGGCAUGAAUGUUGAACGUCCUGGAAUGGAGAAUGGCACAUAA